CCCUUUUUCCUCUGUUCCGGCGGCUGGUCGGCCAUGGCGGAAGCAGGGCUGAGGGCUCUCGCCGGGGGGAAGGCCGCUGCCUCCUCCUCUGCUCCCUCGCCGGCCUCGGAGCCCAGGGCUGAAGACUCGGGCUGGGGACGCCUCCGGGAGCUCUUCCGCCGCGAUGAAUAUAAUCGAUACCCAGAAGAAACUCUAAAUAUAAUUAAAGCAACAAUUUCAGGUGGCAUUGUUGGCUUGAUUUAUGGAGGGAUACCUGGUUUUAUUUAUGCCAAGAAGCGGUAUAUUGAGCAGAGUGAAGGAGAAGUUUACCAUAAUCGUCUGGAUGCUGUGCAAUCUGCACAUCGUGCAGGAACCAGGGGCUUCAUCCGUUAUGGCUGGCGUUGGAGCUGGAGAGUUGCGGCCUUUGUUGCAAUAUUCAACACAGUGAGCACUGGACUCACCGCGUACCGUGAUAAAAUUAGCCUCAGCCACUUUGCCAUUGCAGGAGCUUGUACAGGAGGCUUGUUCAGACUGAACUUGGGUUUGAGGGGUUUGCUUGGCGGAAGCAUUUUGGGCGCAUUGUUGGGUGUCCCUGCAGGAGGAUUACUGAUGGCAGCACAAAAUCUUGCUGGCGAAUCCUUACAUGAGAAAAGAAAACGGAAACAAAGGGAGCUAUAUGAACAGAAACUAGCAGAAUGGGAGACCAGCCUUAAAAUCACUGAGAAUAUUUCAGGAGAUACGAAUAUUGCCUUUCAAGAAGGAAGUGGGGAGUUGAAUGCUGGAAAGAUGCAAGAAUUACAAAUUUUCCAUCCCAAAUCCUGAAUCAUGAAUAGACCACAAAUUGACUUAAUUUUGAACAUUGAAUUCCAUCAAAUUAUAUCAAAGAAAUAUGCGCACUAAGAUAUUUAUUAGAACAGGAAAACGCAGCAGAAAGAGCGGGUGUGUUUGGCCAGCUAAACUAGCAAACUUGGACACUCGUCUUCUGAGAUAAAUGCCUGAAUUUUUGCUGGACAGGAGAGAAGCUUUUGUGGACAUGCAAAAUGAAGUAAAGGACACAGAAAAGUACAAGAUGUUCUUCAACAGGAUGAGCUGUGAGAAUGGUAGAAGAUAUCAGAACUCAUUCUGUGGACCAGUGAACAGUAUUCUGAAUGAAUAAAAGAGUGUCAGAAUAAUUAUGUGGUAUUUCAGACCAAAGUCAGUAAAGUAAUGUAACUUAUAAGUAUCUAUUGCUGUGUCUGACUAAACACUGUCCAGAGAAAUCCAAGCUUUAUGGAACCCUCAUUUAGCAUAGGUGAGUGGUCAACCUAUGCAAAUGUGUGUGUUGUCCUUUUUUUCUGAAUGUGUAUUGCAUAUAGAUGAUUUUUUUAAAAUUAAAAUUUUAAAAACGUG